AUGCAACUCUCGCCCGAUGCAUCUCCCCGACGCCGCUUUCUCAGCUCCUCCCUCGCCCUCCUCCCUCCCUUGCCUAUCCCCUCCCCUUCUCCUCCUGUGUUGCCCGGCCUCUCCGCCUCCCCCGAUCGGUCCAUGUACGCCGAGGGAACGCCCAGCUUCGCCUCCGGCUCGCAGGUGUCCCCACUCGUGGCGGCCCAGGCAUCGCCCCUGCUACAGCCAGCGCCAUCCAACUGGGACUCCCUCCUCCAAGAGGCCCGGCGAGUCGAGGUCUCACUCGAGCAGAGCAUCAAUGCCUACAACUCUCUGGCGCGGUCGUACCUGGAGUCUGGCCCCGGGCCGGACCCCACGUCGCAGCCUGGGACGCAGUAUUCGGAGCGGGAGAAGCUCUGCCUCCCCGAGGGACCCAUCCCGGUGAAGAUUCAGCAGUAUCUGGCGGAGCUGAGGCGCAUCGUGGAAAGCAUGGAAAAGUACCAGGCGCACCACAUGGGCGAUGGUGGGGACCCGACCGGCGGCCAGACGACCGCCUCCACGGUAGCCGUCUUCCUCCGGCGCUACCGCGAAAGCGUGGCCAAGUACGAGAUGAUCUACCGGCGGAACCUGGACCGGGUGCUGGCCAAGUCCAAGCGCACGGGCCUGCUGGCUGGGACGGCCGGGCAGCCGGGUUCCACGGCCGGCGGCGCCUCCUCCGGGCUCCUGGUCACCGGUCUCAACCACUUGGAUCAGUCGAAUCAGCAAGCGUUGGAUCUGCUUGACCAAGCACACGAAGCGCACGAGGCCCUCAUCACCCAGCGCGAAAUGCUGAACCGGGCACAUGGCCGUGUGGCCAACAUCAACAGCCGCCUGCCGCGGAUCAAUGCGCUGUUGAAGAAGAUCAAGCGGCGGAAAAAGCGCGAGACCCUCAUCCUCGGCGCGGUGGCCGGCUUCUGCCUCUUCCUGGUGGUGCUGUUUCUCUUCUGACGCGGCGCUGGCGCCCUGUCGCGCGCGCGCGCGCGCGUACACGUCUGGCGCUCGCUGUUCUCGGCCCCUGGUCCAGCACGCUGGGACGCCCAAUCGACGCCCAUUCUGAA